CCGUUUUCUUUCCGAAAGCGGACAUCCGUUCUUACCGUCUAAGUGAAUGUUGUCUGCUUCAAACGGAAUGAAAAUAUGGUCAUUGAUCACUCGUAUGAUGAGAGGAUGCUAUGCAGAUUUUAAGCGAGACGCUUUCCCAGGAUUCACGCUAUAUCCACCCGUGGCAUGGUUGCAGCGAGGUGGCGCAGCGCCCAAUGCGACCUGGAGCAUGGAACAGGCUUCGGUAAACAUUGUCGUGCUUGGGAAAGAUGGCACCGGAAAAACGGCUCUCAUCGUCCGAUUGCUUACGAAGCGAUUUAUUCACGAAUACGACCCGACACUAGAACACGUGUACGCCUUUUCCGCCGCGCUGGACGGUGAACAGGUGAACAUGAACCUCAUGGACACUGCUGGAAAGGAUGCUCCGACGGUGUCCGAAGCCGAAUGGGGCCAAGGUUUCAUGCUGCUCGUGUCUCUGACGUGCCGGGCCUCCCUGGAGCACGCCGUCUCUCUGGGCUCGUGGCUGCAGGCUCAGGGAAAGCCCUUCGUGCUGGUCGCCACCAAGACGGACCUCAUGCACGACAGACAGGUUUCCACCCUGGAGCUACAGCAGUUGUCCCACCGUUGGCAGGUGCCCUUCUUCGAGACCUCCGCCACGGGGGACUACGAAGACGUGGCCAGACCUUUCGCAGCCGUCUGGAGGGGUAUCCGAACGUGGAACGACCGCAAGGCACUCUUUCCAAACGUUUCGACGCCUCUCUCACCGGACGAGUACCGAAGGUACAAGACUCGACAAAUGACAAAGUGAACUUACCACGCAAAGACCAAGUGAAGUAUAGUUUCGCCCGAAACCUCGAAGACGAAGGUUCCCAGCAAAGUCACUCCGUGUGUCCAUGGGCUUUGCGAAGUUAUGUGAAAGUUACCGGGGUGUGAUAAGAAACCAAAAACACUAUUAGUGUGACACCCCCCCUCGCACACCCACUUCUUACAAAACGGGUAAUCCCGAAAACAUGGGCGGUGAUGUUCGCUUAAUUCCACAUUCACAAAAAGUUCGCCAAUACAAAUUCGUUGAGGCGUAGCCAGAAAAAUAUUUCGGAAGCUAGGGGUUCUAUGGGGACUUUACGUGGGACAGGUGGUCCCCCCCCCUUGUUUCCCUCUCCCAUGUGCACUAGCAAAGGUACAAUUUCGGGAGGUUUCAACCCUUGACACCCUCUUCCCCUCGGCUACGCCGCUGCAAAUCGACACGUUAGGAGACAUGGUUCUGGUCCAAGACCCUUUUGGCUCUACGACGCCCCCUGGAUCAGUUUGUUCCUGGGACUCCAGGUCCUGCCCUAGCCAGCGCCUUAUAUUUGUCUCUCGACAUACAAGAGUGUACCUGAUGAUUUUUAAAAUGCAAAAAUAUGC